AUCCAAUUCCUUCUUAUCACCUCUUCAAGAAAAAUAUUGGUAAAAACAAACAUGGCACUAUCAAAACCUUGUUUUUUGACUCUUCUAAUUUGUUUAAUAAUGUUGGCCCUAGUUUUUCCUUCACAUGCCCAAAACUCCCAAACAGACUACCUCAACAUUCAUAAUUCAGCUCGAUCUGAAGUUGGUGUUAGUGCAAUAACAUGGAACACUACUCUUGAAACCUAUGCACAAAAUUAUGCCAAUCAAAGGAUCGGUGAUUGCAAUCUAGUCCACUCUAACGGCCCUUAUGGUGAAAAUAUUGCUAAGGGAAGUGGUUCUUUCACCGGUGCUGCUGCUGUCAACUUGUGGGUGAAUGAGAAGCAAUACUACGACUACGCUAGUAACACUUGUGCUACUGGACAACAAUGUGGGCAUUAUACUCAAGUGGUCUGGCGUAAUUCGAUUCGGGUUGGUUGUGCUAGGGUUCAAUGUACCAAUGGCUGGUGGUUUGUUAUUUGCAGCUAUGAUCCUCGAGGCAAUUACAUUGGUCAACGCCCUUACUAAUUAUUUUUACUAAAGAGUUUUAUAGUCAAACAAGAAAAUUGAUGAAUAAGCUACGUACUUUAUAGAGAUUUUUAUGAUCUCUAUAUUUAUGUAGCAUUUUAUAGCUUCGUUGGACCAAUAAAUUACAAGAAUUUUUUUCUUGUACCUGUUGUUUGAGUCUCUUUGUUUUAUGUAUGACAUAUUUAGUCAUCCUGUUAAAGGAUGAAAGUCACAUCAGAAACUAUUUGAGUUUAUUUUAUAUAUACAUGCAAGAAAUUUUUAACCA